AGGACCGAACUGCUAUGGCCGAAGACUUGGCUGAUCAAAUUGACGACUAUAUCUGUGUAUUUGAAGGAGCCGGUGAUCUAACGAUGGAUACGUUCGUCAUGCUACUGUUCGCGCUGAUCGUGGUAGUGAUUUCGCUAGUGUUCGCGACCAAGCUGAUCUACGACAAGUACGUCCUGCGGAAGGGCGCCACGACCGGUGGGACCGUGGAAGGUGCCGCCGGUUCUGCCGUGACCGGAACUACGGCUAGCGUGGCUUCACCGGUGGUUUCUACUGGUGUGGCCGUUGCGGUCGGUGGCACGCGCCUGUCCGAACCGAAGGAAGUGCUCACCAAGAAGGAUGCCAUCCUGUCGCAAGUCCGUAAUGGCGGUGCCGGUGGUGUGGCCGGUGGUGCACGACCCGGCGGUGGUUUCGGUGGCGGUGGAAUGGGAGGUGGCGGCGGUGCCAUGAUCGCUCGCAAACGAAUUUCCCGCAUGAGCCCCGGCCCGGAACUGACGCAGAAAAAGCGUCCCAUAAUUCCACCGUCGAACAUCAAUGGAGCUAAUCCGGAAAUAACUAAGUGGGGGAUCCAUCUGUUCCGCUGGUUGUACUCCGACCUCGUGGUGGUUAACAAGUUGCUGCAGGACUGGGUAUCGUCCGUCAACACGGCCCUCCUGACGCACGUCGAGCAGCACGAGAUGAUCGUCGAAAUUGUGCGAGUGCUUCCCGAGAGUCUGCCUCCGAACCUGUCGAGCAUCCUGUGUGAACCGACCGACCAACCGAACGAAGUCGAGCUGCUGUUCGACGUCGAUACCACGCCCGUCCUGCAGAUCAAGGCAUUCAAAUCGAACAACCAGAAAACGGAAGUGUCCCACUACAAGGCAACCAUUUCGCGACUGAAGUCCCGUGUCAGCGUUAUCGUUAACUACAUCGCGCUCAAGGGAGAAAUGAAACUCGAGGGCUAUCCGGACAUUAAAAUUCAUCUAAACAGCAUUGGACCGCUGAAAACCGCCAACACGCAGGACGAGAAGAAACAGAUCGAUCUCAUCACGGAAUUGCUGAUCGGAUCUAUCCGGGAUGUCGUGUAUCCGGUGGAUUUCUCUAUCUACUCCACUUGUCCGCGCAUAAUGGGCGAAGAGUCCGAUGAGGUCACAUCAGACUAUGGCUAUGGCGGAUACAAUGAUGGAUAUCGAGCAUAUCAGGACGACGCGUACGGUACCGGCCUGUCGGCAUCGCCGAGAAAGCUUCUAGUCAAAGUUCUCAAAGCGGAAGGACUUCUUAAGUGCACUAAGCCGUACUGUGUGAUCGAAAUGGAUGAACCAGCUCAGAAGCACCAAUCAACAUCUAAGCAAAGCCAAAGCCCGUACUGGGACGAAUCUUUCUUGUUUGACCUGUCGAACCACUCUACCGAACUCCUAUUCGAGGUGUACGAUACUGUAGCAGUAGGUAAAGAUAAUCCAACGGCUGAUCGAGAGGCCGACCAGGAAGAGACCUGUGAGGAUGCUGGCAGCGAUCCUCUACAGGUUUCGUCUCCGACGGCCAGUGCGGCGACAAUGGCGCCCUGCAUGCCUCCGUCGACGCCCAGCGUCGACAGUACUAACACGAGCGUGCCAAACGAACCGGACAACGGCAGCGAUGGUGCCCUAGCCACCGUUGCCGAGUGUCCCGAGCCAAGUGCCGUAUCGCAGGACGAUACUGAUCGUGCGCUAGAACCUGAACCAUCCGCUCUCGACGCCGGUGGUGAUCCCGCAUGUUCCGAUACUAACCAAUCUAAACCCCGUACUGCAUCGGGCGGACAAAAGUUCCUUGGAUUGGGCUUGGUUGGCAUCGACGAAUUGGCCAACGGUCCGGCCACGACUCAGAUCCUCGAAUUGCAGCCUCGUCCUUACGAAACAGAAAACAUUACCGGUUCUCUAACGGUUGAGUUCGUGUUCAUCGAUUCCCCACCGGUUCCAGCGGCAAGGCGACAGUUUACCCAACCAUCCUUCCAGACGAACGGAAUGUCCAAUUUUGCUCGAGAUGCCGUUACAAGUACACCGGGAGCAACGGCGAGCCCUACGGGGGCUAAUAAACAUUUGGUAAAUGGCACCUCAACGUCUCCAUCUUCACCAUCCAAACAAUUGCCCACUAAGGCACAAACGAUGACAGAACGGAACCAACGAUUCCAAGCAGCCGAAGCUAAUCGAAUGAACAACUCCUUCUUGAAGCCAACAGCCACCGGGCAGCUGAGCCCGAUUAAUGGUGGAAAAUCAGAAUCAACCCCGGCCUCGCCGGCACUCUCCUCCGCUUCCGCCACCUCGCAAUCCAUGUCGGCCAGCUUGAGCAACAGCGCUCCUAUUAGCAUCAACUCGGCGCCACCGCUUAAGAAACCGCGAAACAUUUUCGGCACGCUGCGCAACAAGCUGACACCGUCGAAGAAGUCGAAAUCCCUGGACGUACCGCAGUACAGCCCGACCACGCCGGGAGAUAAUAUGCGUAGCGCGUCCUCAACGCUCAGCCGAGGACCAUCGUUUGAUCAAAGAUCGAACAUCUUCCGCAAUCUGUCACGCAAGUCGUCCAUCUCGGAGUCUUCCGCCAUAUCAGGAAUGUCGACCGGCAGUGGGCGAACGUACGUGCACGAGGAAUCGACGCUGCUGCUCGAGACGACCGAGAAUAACGUCGUCCGGCACUAUCUGGUUCCGCUCGAGGUGGCCACCAAGCAGAAGAACUGGAAGCGCAAGGGUACCAAGCUGCACAUUUAUAACGAUCACACUUUUGUGGCGAAACACAUCGAUCGCGCGGUCCUUUGCUUUGUCUGCAACCGCAGCAUACCGCGCCGUCUAGGCAAGCAGGGCUACGAAUGCCGGGACUGUACGAUCCAGUGCCACAAACCGUGCCACGUGCGGGCUCCCCAAGCCUGCCCGAAUCCGAAGAUACUGUCCAUGCAGCUAUUACGAUGGCCCUGGACCCAGUAGGACAUUUUUGUGCACAACCGUUGGCCAAAUGGUUAAAAAAUCACAGGAAGCGAACGCAUCUCUGCCAAAGGAGCAUUUAUAUGGUGGAACAUAGUGAUCGGCUUAUAAAUCACUGUCAGGAAAAAAGUAUCACCUCUCAAUCUUCUAAACCUUACGUAAAACGUUGACAAAACUAAGAUCACCAAACUAGCAAACAAAAAUGUCUCCUUAGCGUCUACGGUUUCCGCUUCUUGGAUGCUCGAACACAAAACACAAUCUCCCCAAAAAAAAUGGUAAAAUUAGCAAUUCAAAUCACACAAAAAAAAUAUAUAUACACAUAUUUCUCGAACCAUGCAUUACGCUACGAAAACGCUACUUUGUAACGACAAGUUUUAUAUUUGAUAGCAGCUUUGUAACGAAACAGGAAAAACGAUAUGAUGCCACUUAGUUUACUUCAGUGCUGUUCGACAAACUCGCAGAAUUAUUACUAGCUUCGAAACUUUCUCAAAAUGUCCCUUUAUCGCUCUCUUUCACUCUUUUGCUCGAUUGGGUCGGUAAGAUUCUCCAGUAGAUUGUUUAUUUUAUCAACGAAUAGUUCUUCUUUUGGUGGAUCUAGCACAAGUACAAAGCCGACAGAAGGACGUUGAAGGUGAACAGUAAAAAAGCGACCAUCGGAGGCGAUCGAUGUAAGUCCUCCUGCGUAGCUUAGCUUGACAAAAAACGAAAUCAGUGCCUAUGAGGUUUUUCGAUCUGAGCUAGGUAUAGUCAUUAUAACAUAAGAACGGAUCUUUGGGAAAAUGUAAGAAAAUGGGAACAUAAGGAGUACCGAAAUCCUACGUAGUUUACUUGAAGGGAGCGUGAAUUUGUUAGCAAAAUAACGGUGGAAGAUUGUCAAAUUAAAAGAAACAUUUUGAUAACGCACUGGAAAAUGGAAUUAGUCAAGAACAUAAAUUAUCCAUCAAUGUAGAAAACCCCCACAUCCGGGAAGAGCUGUUCGUUCAGUAAUCGUUCUUUAAUGUAAGAUCAUAAGGGAAGCUCUGUGGAAACGGCACGAAAGCCACUGAUCCAUCUGCAUACGCAGGAAUCGUUCGUCCCAAGCACCACUCUCUGUUGAAGUAUGUGUUAAUGUAAAGUUUUGUAUCGUUAUCAUUAUUUUAUUAAUAUCGUUUUGUAAACCCAAGAUGUUAGAAGCAAACAAGGCAAAGGAACAACACAUCACUGUUAAAAAAGAAACCGAAUGAAUAAACUUCAAUAUUGUUGAAAAUG